AUGAAACAAAGAGGAUACAAAGCAUGGAGGGAGCGACGGUGUUGGUUUGUCCUUAUGGCUGUUUUGGAUCUUCUAUGGAGCGGAGCUUCAGCACAGAUCAGAUAUUCGAUAUCUGAGGAGGUUCAAGAUGAAACAGUCGUCGGGAAUAUAGCCAAGGAUUUGGGACUAGAUAAGAGUGCACUCGCAGACAGAGGAUAUCGCAUUGUAACAAGCUCAACUGAACCCCUAUUUCAGGUGAAUCAGAAUGAUGGCAUCUUGUAUGUGAAAAGAAGAAUAGACAGGGAGGAGGUGUGCGACCGGAGCAGUCCAUGUUUGAUCAAUCUGAAGACCGUGCUAGAAAACCCGCUGGAGAUCCACUACGUGGCGGUGGAAAUACUGGAUAUAAAUGACCACUCGCCUGUUUUUCCAGAGAAAGAGAAAAGGCUUGAGAUUUCUGAGUCGGCCUUACCAGGAGCGAGAUUUCAACUGCAGGCUGCGCGUGACCCCGAUGUAGGCCAGUUCUCCAUUCAGCAAUAUAAACUCAGCCAGAACGAUUACUUUAGGUUAGAAGUGAAGGACAGAGGCGAGGACCGGAAAGUACCAUUUUUAGUUCUGCAGAAGCAGUUGGAUAGAGAAACAGCCGGGAAACACAAGCUACGUCUAACAGCUGUUGAUGGAGGAAAACCGGCGAAGUCUGGCGUUAUAGAAAUAAUUGUGGAUGUACUUGAUAUCAAUGACAACUCGCCGGUGUUUACCAACGAGUUGUAUUCUGCCACACUUAAAGAAAACGUUCCCGUUGGCACUGUAGUGAUUCAGGUAAAUGCAACAGAUUUAGACCAGGGUGCAAACGGCGAGGUAAUAUAUUCAUUCGGGAAGGAAGUUGAUUCAAAAUUAAUGGAUGUCUUUAGCAUAGACGCAAGCACCGGUGAGAUUAAAGUAAUCGGUCAGAUAGAUUUCGAGGAAAGUAAAAAUUAUGAAAUUGACAUUCAGGCGUCGGACAAGGGACAAGUCCCUCUAACAACUGACAAAAGUGUCACGAUAACUGUCAUUGACGUUAAUGAUAAUGCACCUGAAAUAGAAGUGACAUCAUUUUCUAGCUCAAUAAAGGAGGAUUCAAAAAUAGGAACAACAGUGGCCCUAAUAAGUGUCAAUGAUAUAGACUCUGGAAUCAAUGGCAAAGUCAUUUGCACAAUCAACGAAGAUGUUCCUUUUGCUCUAUCUCCAUCCUUACAAGAAAACAUGUAUGCUGUUAUAACCAGGUCGCAGUUGGACAGGGAAACGGUUUCCCAAUUUGAUGUCACAAUAACUGCGAAAGACGGGGGUGAGCCGUUAUUUUCAACGGAAAAGACCAUAAGUGUUGUAGUGUCAGAUGUGAAUGACAACAGUCCGGAGUUUUCAUCAAGCCCCUAUGCAUUUUAUAUUACUGAGAACAACAGCCCCGGAACCUCGGUGUUUUCAGUGAAAGCCUCUGAUCGUGAUGAAAGUGAUAAUGCUCUCAUAUCAUAUCAUAUUAUGAGAGGAGCAGGUGGAGAACAUAAAUUGGCGUCUUUUUUAAAUAUUAACUCUGAAAAUGGAGAUAUUCUGGCCCUGAAAAGCUUCGACUUUGAAACAGUGAAAACUUUCCAGUUCCAAGUUGUUGCCACAGAUUCUGGAACUCCGUCACUGAGCAGCAACGUCACAGUGAACGUGUUCAUUCUGGAUCAGAACGACAACGCUCCAGUCAUCCUGUAUCCACUCAGCUCCAACGGCUCUGCUGAAGGGGUGGAGGAGAUUCCCCGCAAUGUCAACGCAGGACACUUGGUGAGCAAAGUCAGAGCCUAUGACGCUGAUAUAGGAUAUAACGGCUGGUUGCUGUUCUCACUGCAGGAAGUCACUGACCACAGUCUCUUUGGUUUGGACCGCUAUACUGGACAGAUCAGAACACUUCGCUCAUUCACAGAGACAGACGAGGCUGAGCAUAAACUGCUCAUACUGGUCAAAGACAAUGGCAAUGUUUCACUCUCAGCAACAGCUACUGUCAUUGUCAAAGUCGUGGAGCCCAAAGAGGCUUUUGCAGCUUCUGAUGUGAAAAGUGCAGCAAAGGAUGAGGAGGGGAAUGAUGUGACUUUUUAUCUGAUGAUCACUUUGGGCUCAGUUUCAGUACUUUUUAUCAUCAGCAUCAUCGUGCUGAUUGCAAUGCAGUGCUCCAAAUCCACAGACUAUACUUCUAAAUAUCUUCAAGAGACUAAUUAUGAUGGGACACUGUGUCACAGCAUCCAGUACAGAUCAGGAGACAAACGGUACAUGUUAGUUGGACCCAGAAUGAGUAUUGGAUCUACUAUAGUGCCUGGCAGCCAUGCGAAUACACUUGUGCUUCCUGACAGGAGGAGGGCAUCUGGAGAGGUAAGACAUCUUCAAGUGCACACUACGAGUAGACAAACUGCAUUAUUUGCUAGCUAA